GAGAUAGAACAGUGCAAAAGGGGGAAAAGGCUCUAUCUGCUACCUUAGUACCUCACAUCAACGAUUCAACUGUAAGAACUAAGAAUCAGAGAUCUAGUGAGAGAGAGAAACUAGAAAAUGAAGCUGAAAGUAUACGCAGACAGAAUGUCACAGCCAUCACGGGCUGUUCUCAUCUUCUGCAAGGUAAACAGGAUAGACUUUGAAGAGGUUAGAGUUGACAUAUCAAAGCGCCAGCAUUUAACUCCUGAAUUCAAAGAGAUAAACCCUAUGAGAAAAUUGCCAGCUAUAGUUGAUGGAAGGUUCAAGCUGUUUGAGAGUCACGCGAUCUUAAUUUAUCUUGCUUGUGUAUUUCCGGGAGUUGCUGAUCACUGGUACCCAGCGGAUCUUUUCAAAAGAGCUAAAAUCAACUCGGUUUUGGAUUGGCAUCACUCCAACUUACGCCGUGGUGCAGCUGAAUAUGUCAAGAAUACCACAUUAGCACCUGUCCUUGGUCUACCUCUGGAUCCACAAGCAGCUGCUGAGGCCGAGAAAGUUCUAUUUUCAUCCCUGUCAAAGAUAGAGUCUGUGUGGCUUAAGGGAAGUGGCCGGUUCUUGUUAGGUGGAAAUCAACCAUCCAUAGCUGAUCUAAGCCUAGUUUGUGAACUAAUGCAACUGGAGGUUUUGGAUGAAAAGGAUUGCAGCCGAAUACUUUGCCCCUACAAGAAGGUUCAGCAGUGGAUGGAGGAUACAAAAAAUGCAACAAGGCCACACUUUGAUAAAGUGCAUCAAAUCUUGUUCAAAGCCAAAGUGAAACUGCAGAAGGUACGGUCAAUGAGCACAAACAGUGAGAACUUGAAAACAAAAUUGGCCUCAAAGAUGUAAGAAUUAUUUUGUUUGAAGUCAUAAAUAUACAUAUGGUAAGCAAUCUGGGUUCAUCCUGUAGAGGCUUCAGCCAAGAAUGAUGGUUAAUACCCAAAUGAUUGGAGCAAAUAAUGGGUUGUGCAAGUAGUUGUGAUUUCUUGCAAUUUUUUGUAAUAAAAAUUUGGGCUACAAAGAGAUGCUGUAUCAUAGACAUCUGCAAAUGCAAUCGACAAAAAGCCUCAUUGUGGAACUUCUUUUGAAUUGAAAAUUGUCACAGCAAUUGUUUA